ACAGCCUCGAAAACGCCGGGCCGGUGGUCAGGGCACUCUGUACAUGCUCGGCGGCCCUCCCAGCCCUAUCCUCCUCCGCCUCCGGGGGCCUUUCGGGGCCGGGGCUACUGCGCCCGCCCCUGCCCAGCCCCUCGCUCGCAGCCACGUCCCGCUGUCCCUCCCCUCAGCCCGCCAUUAGCGGCUCCCGCCCCAGCCCGUAUAGCUGCUCCGCGUGGUGCCUCGACACCCCCACGAUGCCGCUCGCCCUCCCGGUGCUGCUGCUCCCCCUGCUGCAGCUGGCCCGCGCCCAGGGCCCCUCGGCCGCUCCGGCCACCAACCAGACCAGGCCCGUCUUCCUCUGCGGGGGUGACUACAGUGCCAGCAACGGCUACCUGGCCAGCGAGCGCUUCCCAGAGCACUACCCGCCCAGCAAGACCUGCACUUGGACCAUCACGGUGCCGGAGGGGCAGGUGGUGAUGCUCUCCUUCCGUGUCUUCGACCUGGAGCCUGACCCGGUCUGCCGCUACGACUACCUGGAGGUCUUCAACGGGCACGCGGCCAUCGAACUCCAGCGCCUGGGCCGCUUCUGCGGCACCUUCCGCCCCGGCGCCAUCCUGGCUACCAGCAACCAGAUGCUGCUGCGGAUGGUGUCGGACGAAGGCAGUGGUGGCAGGGGCUUCCUUGUCUGGUUCAGCAGUGGCCUCCCCCACGUGGAUGGGCGCUCAAAGGCACGGCGGAAAUGGGCUCCCAACCAUAUAGGCCCCUGGGCUUUCUGGGAGCCGUGGGACUAUUGGGACGAGCACCAGUUCUGUGGGGGGAAGCUUGAAAAAGCCCAAGGCUCUCUCAAAACACCCAACUGGCCUGACAGUGACUACCCACCUGGCAUCAGUUGCUCCUGGCACAUCGUCGCCCCAAAGGACAAGGUGAUCAUCCUAACGUUUGGGAAGUUUGACGUGGAGCCUGACACGUACUGCCGGUACGACUACGUUGCCGUGUUCAACAGCAGGGAGCAAGACGACUCGCGCCGUGUGGGCAAAUUCUGUGGAGACAGCUCCCCAAGCCCGGUCCACUCAGACGGCCACGAGCUCCUGGUCCAGUUUGUCUCGGAUCUCAGCGUCACCGCUGAUGGGUUCUCCGCCUCGUACGUGAUGAAGGGCCGUGAUGAGCUGGUGGACACCACACAGGCCCAGCCAACAGGCCCCGUCUUCCCGGGCUCCAAGCCCACCCAGACAGGCAGGCAGCCCAUCCCAGCUAAGCCGAAGCCCGCCAGCAGACCCGGAGGCCCCACCAGGCCAGCUCGGCCCCUCAAGCCAACGCCCCAAGCCCCUCCCGAGGCGGUGGGCCCCACCACUCCUGCUGCAGGUCUCCAUCCAGGUCAGAUCACGUGCCCAGAACGCUGCAAGCGGACGGGGACCCUGCAGAGCAACUUCUGUGCCAGUGAUUUCGUGAUCAUCGGCACCGUGAAAACAGUGAUGCGAAGAACGGGGAACCGGGUGGCUGCCACUGUGACACUCCUCCACACUUACAAGACGGGAGCCUUGAGCCUCCCCCCAGAAGGAGACGAAGCUACCCUCCGCCUGGAUGUGCCCUGCAGACAGUGCCCCAUUCUCAAGAAAGGGGCCAGCUAUGUCUUCAUGGGCAGGGUGGAGGCCGAUGGGACCGGGCAGCUGCCUCCUACCAGUUUCGUGGUCCCCUUCCGUCAGCAGCAGCAGCAGAUUCUCACCAACCUCAGCAAGCGUCCGUGCCCCGGCCCGGCUGCCAGGAACCGGAGCUGAGCACCAGGAGGAACGAGGCGGCGGCAGUUCCUUGGUCUUGGACAGGCUUUGGAGAAGCUGCGCAAGCGCACCAUAUAAUCGAUAAAUGGUGGGGGGGGGAGAGCAGUUCAUGGACUCCCUGGGUGGAGAAUUG